AGAAUGACAAAGGACCUUGGGCCUACAACAACGUGAUGUUGACAUUCAUCCCUCAAAGUGAUAAGAUCGAGAAAUCUUUUAUCCACGCGUCCCGAACUCUCUCCCCCCUUCUCGAGAUAUAUCAACAUCACUCCCACUCCAAGCUACCUACCCGCUCGAUGAAAACAAAUUGACAGCCAUUAAUUGCAAAACCCCUCCACAAUUAAAGCCUAACAAACCUCCAAAAUUAUUACUGAAUUCCUGUUUUACUCAAAACAAAAUACCAAGCAAAAAGGGUUUAGAAGUUGGAGGAGAAUAAUAAAGGACAAAAGAAAAUGAUACUGGUGGCGGUGGUUGCCGAGUUGUUAGAGGAAUACACGGUGCUGGUAGCGAGAGUGCUGGAGCAGCUGCUCUACGACGCGCCGUUCCCCCGCCGGAUGCGGUUCCUGAUGCUGCGCAGCCUUCCCUUUGCCUCGUCUCCUCGCCCACUGCCUGCGCGUGCCCGUUGAGCUAGCUCAACUAGUUUGUAGCUCAGUUUUUCCUUCAAUGUCAUCUAUUUUUGUUGUUGUUGUUGUUGGUGGUGGUGGUUUGCUGUAAAUAUUCGAGCAAGGAGGGUGCGGUUUGCUAAGUUCAUCUGUUAGUUGGGUUGAUUUGUGAAAUUGGGGCAGUGAGUACCUUUAUUGGAGGAUUGCUGUAUAAAUAGAUUUUGAGCGCUAUUGCAGUUUGAACCCUCUCUUUCCUCUGUCUGUACGAUUGGUGUUCCGGUGUUCCUUCAGCUCGCAACUUUCAGGGUUGGAUUGAGAUCUUGCGUGGAGAAUACUCUAAACAGUUUGUUUAUCAUGAACGAUCUCUUUUGUUU